UCCUUUACCCGCAGGGUGCCGGUCCCCCAGGCAGCCAGCGACACAGGAUGGUACUGGCACUGGCACUGUGGGCCUGCCUGGCGCUGGGCACGGCUGGUGGGGAGAGUCCAGCACCGGAGCCCCUGGUGGGCGGCCAGCCCUUCGCCGUGGUGUGGAAUGUCCCCACCAGCCGCUGCCAGCGCCGCUUCGGCGUGGGGCUGCCCCUCAGCGACUACGGCAUCGUGGAGAACCAGGGCGGCCACUUUGCCGGCCAGAACAUCACCAUCUUCUACAAGAACAAGUUUGGGCUGUACCCCUACCUGUCACGGCAGGGCGUCCCCCGCAAUGGGGGCAUUCCCCAGCGGGUCCCCCUUGGCGCCCACCUCGCCAGGGUGGCUGGGGACAUCCGCCUCCUCCUGCGCCCCGCUUUCCACGGCCUGGCUGUGGUGGACUGGGAGGAGUGGAGGCCCCUCUGGGCCCAAAACUGGGGGGCCAAGCGGAUCUACCGGGCAUCCUCGGAGCAGUGGGUGCGGGACCGGCACGGCCUGCUGCCAGCGCGGCAGCGGCUCCGGCUGGCACGGCGGGAGUUUGAGCGGGCAGCGCAGGGUCUGAUGGAGGAGACGCUUCUGCUGGGCCGGACCCUGCGCCCGGCAGGGCUCUGGGGUUUCUACCGCUUCCCCGACUGCCUCAACGGCAACUGGGCCAAGGAGGCCAACUACACCGGGCAGUGCCGGCCGGCGGAGGUGCAGCGCAACAACCGACUGAGCUGGCUCUGGGCUGCCUCGGCUGCCCUCUACCCCAGCAUCUACCUGCCACCAGCGCUGCCGCCCGCGCUGCGCCGCCGCUACGUGCACCACCGGCUGCGCGAGGCCCAGCGCGUGGCUGCCUUUGGGGCUGAAGGCCUCCUGCCCGUGGUUGCCUAUUCCCGCCUCUCCUUCCGCCGCUCACCCCGAUUCCUGGAGCCGGCUGACCUGGUGCACACCAUCGGGGAGAGCGCAGCACUGGGUGCAGCUGGACUCGUGCUCUGGGGAGACAUGUCGUACUCCCGCUCGGCUGAGAGCUGUGCCAGCCUGCACCACUACCUCGUGUCCACCCUGGGUCCCUACGUGGCCAACGUGACGGCAGCAGCUCAGGAGUGCAGCUAUGGGCAGUGCCACGGGCAUGGGCGCUGUGUGCGCCGGCAGCCCCAUGACCUAGGCAGCCUCCUGCACCUUGGUCCCGGCGCCGGCCCGCCAGCUUCUUUCCGUUGCCACUGCUACCGCGGCUGGGCCGGCGAGGGCUGUGCCCAGCGGGUCCAGCCCAGCCCUCCCACCUCCUGCCUGGCACCCACCCAUGCUUAUGGCCUCUAUGGGCACAAUGACCUCCUGCCCCCUGACACCUGUCUGCCACAGGGCAUGUGAGGCUGGUGGCCAGGGCCAGGGACUGCCACGGUCCCCUACCCCAGCAGUGCUGCUGCCCGGCACUUCCUAUGGUCUCAUUAACUUAAAUAAAUCCUGGCACAGCU